AUGGCAUGUGCCCAUCUACACAAUGUCAGUAUAGCUCAAGUGAAUCUUGAGCAGCUUAAAAUAAGCAUUGAUGAUUCGAGGAGAAAUCGCACGACAACACGGCGCCUAACCAAUAAUAGGAGUCGCGAUGAAGAUCACGGUGAUCACCGAUGGAAUUGCGUUGCUUGUGGAGCGGGUGCGCAUCCGUGGAUGUGCCUCUCGUGUGGUCUCAUCCAUUGCAGUCGAUCGGAGAACCGCGACGCGCUUCGUCACUACGAACUGUAUCGAAAUCACUCCUUGAUCAAUGGACAGGUGAAGACGAUGGACAGAGUGAACCAUUGCAUUGCGAUGAGCUGCAAUGAUACCAGCGUGUUUUGUUAUGAAUGCGAUGAUUUCAUUGGCGAUGACACAGAUGACAACAAGAUCCAUUCAGUCCGCAAAUCGCUGCAACUCUUCAACAAGGCUCGAUCAGCUGAUCAUUUGUAUUCGUCGAUUGCCUAUGAAUCGUAUCUCGAGGAUGAUUCGGAUUCACCUGCAGAUGAAGGAACUGAAGAAGAGGAUAUCAGUCAAUCAAUCGUCAUCCCACCGCAACCAUCAAUAUUUGUGGUCGAUGAGGAGAGUGGUUCAGUGCCCGAAGAUGAGGUAUCGAUCGGGAGUCUAUCGUUGAAAAAUAGUGCUCAGACUCUUCCAAUUCUCCACGUUUCUGCAUCGGCUCCGACACUCGGAAAAGAAAGUGUUGUGAAGGGUGGACACCUAUUGAGGGCAAGGAAACGAAAGAUAUCUCCCGAGAAAAAAGAGCUCCCAACGCCGGUAGCCUUCGAUCUUGAACAAGAGCCGGUAGUGGUCGAUCGUCGACGGGGUUUGGCAAAUCUAGGCAACACUUGCUUUAUGAACUCCGUGCUACAAGCAUUAACAUCGGUGGACUGGUUUCGCGAGUUCAUGGUGGCAUUGCCUUUAUUGGAAGCGGAUAGUGUUGAGACACCGGAUUCACGAGCGAAGAGGCCAUUCUAUUGCACACGGCGAGCAUCAGCUCAAUUAUUGAAUGAUGACGAUAAUAAGAAAAGCUUGACACCAAUCUUUGCUGAAGUUCUCCGCCAAACGAUUCACGAGAUUUUCACCAAUAAAAGCUCAUCCGUGCAACCGGCCGCUUUUUUUCAAGAAGUCUGGAGAUUAAAUCCGAGAUUUAGAGGCUUUCAACAACAGGAUUCGCAUGAGUUUUUGCGAAUGAUGCUGGAUCGAGUGCAUAGCGAUUUAAGGAAAUGUCGUAUACCGGAAGAUGUGGAGAAAAGAUUCGCUCGUUCUUGUGGCAAUUCAAGUAUGGGAGCGACAGAGUCGGCGAUCUCGCGUCUUUUUGAGGGAGCUUUGUUGAGUCAAGUGAUCUGUUUGACGUGUCGAUCAGCUAGCAAUAUUCAGGAUCCAUUUCUCGAUCUAUCCCUCGAAAUGCCAUCACCUUUAAAUCGAUCACAAUUCGUUUCACUCGCCGAUUGUAUCAAGCAAUUUUUCGCCAAAGAAGAAUUGGAUCAUUGUGAACAGUACAUGUGCGCAAAAUGUGGCGAGCGACGACCGUCAACAAAGCAACUCUUCUUGAAGUCACUGCCAAACGUCCUAUGUCUACAUCUAAAGCGUUUCCGUUGGGGAACUCAUCGGGGAAAGCUCGACUAUAUGGUCGAUUUUCCUCUUGAUGGCCUUGAUUUGACGCCUUAUCUAGCACCCAGUGCUGGUCGUGCCCAAUCGCAUCUCUACACUCUUUGCAGUAUCAUUGUGCACCAGGGUUCUGGUGUCUCGUCCGGUCAUUAUACGACUUAUGGUCUAUCAGGCGGUACUUGGUGGCAUUUCAAUGACGAUCGCGUUAAACCCACCACUGAUACGACUGUGCUCCGGCAAAAAGCCUAUUUACUUUUCUAUAUGAAGCAGCAAAAA